GGGGGAAGUGAGGCACAGCAUAUGGGGUCAAUGGGGAAACAGGCACAGAAUAUGGGAUUUAUGGGGAGCUGAGGCACAGCAUAUGGGGUCCAUGGGGCACAGUGUAUGGGAUCUAUGAGGAAACUGAGCCAGUGUAUAGGAUCAGUGGAGAAAUUGAGGCACGGCAUAUGGGAUCUAUGGGGGAACUGAGGGACAGAAUAUGGGAUCAAUGGGGAAACUGAGGGACAAAAUAUGGGAUCUAUGGGGGAAUUGAGGGGCAGAAUAUGGGAUCUGUAGGGAAACUGAGGGACGGCAUGUGGGAUCUAUGGGGGAACUGAGGCACAGCAUAUGGGAUCUGUGGGGGAAACUGAGGCACAGAAUAUGGGGUCAGUGGGGAAACAGGCACAGAAUAUGGGAUCUAUGGGGGAACUGAGGCACAGAAUAUGGGAUCUGUGGGGAACUGAGGCACAGCAUAUGGGAUCUAUGGGGGAACUGAGGGACCGAAUAUGAGAUCUAUGGGGGAAACUGAGGCACAGCAUGUGGGAUCUAUGGGGAAACAGGCACAGAAUAUGGGAUUUAUGGGGAGCUGAGCCACUGUGUACAGGAUCAGUAGGGAAACUGAGGCACAGCAUAUGGGAUCUAUGGGGGAAACUGAGGCACAGCAUAUGGGAUCAAUGGGGGAACUGAGGGACAGAAUAUGGGAUCAACGGGAGACUGAGGGACAAAAUAUGGGAUCUAUGGGGGAACUGAGGCACAGCAUAUGGGAUCUAUGGGGCAACUGAGCCACAGUGUAUAGGAUCAGUGAGGAAACCGAGGCAUGGCAUAUGGGAUCUAUGGGGGAAACUGAGGCACAGAAUAUGGGAUCUGUGGGGAACUGAGCCACAGCAUAUGGGAUCAAUGGGGAAACUGAGGGACAGAAUAUGAGAUCUAUGGGGGAAACUGAGGCACAGCAUGUGGGAUCUAUGGGGAAACAGGCACAGAAUAUGGGAUUUAUGGGGAGCUGAGCCACUGUGUACAGGAUCAGUAGGGAAACUGAGGCACAGCAUAUAGGAUCUAUGGGGGAACUGAGGGACAGCAUAUGGGAUCUAUGGGGGAAACUGAGGCACAGCAUAUGGGAUCCAUCGGGCACAGUUUAUGGGAUCUAUGGGGGAAACUGAGGCACAGCCUCCGUGCUGGAAAACCCCAUUGCUUUUCCCCCCCAUGUGUGGGAUGGGGGCUGAGUUUUGGGGCCGUUGUAGGGGUGAAGAAGAAGACGAAGGUCAUCAAGAACAGCAUCAACCCCGUAUGGAACGAGGGCUUUGAAUGGGAUCUGAAGGGCGUUGCUUUGGACCUGGGAUCUGAGCUCUGUGUUGUGGUUAAGGACCAUGAGACUGUGGGGAGGAAUCGGUUUUUGGGAGAGGCCCGCGUCCCCCUACGGGAUGUGCUGUCCUCCCCCAGCCUGGCGGCCUCCUAUGAUGUCCCAUUGCUGGAUAGCAAGAAGCAGAGCACCGGGGCUUCCCUCAUCCUACAAGUGUCCUACAGCCCUCCUCCGGGCGCUGCCCCUCUCUUCCCUCCCCCAACCCCCCCCGAGGCCGCCCCGGCGGCGGUGGCAGAGUCCGACACUCUCACUGGUAAUGCGGGGGCUCCACGGGGGGACGCGUCCCCCAUAGCCCACCCCACAGCGGCCAGGGACCCGCAGCAACCUCCCUGCCUCCCGCCCCGCGCAGAAGUGGCCACCGAGGAGGAGGGGGAGGACCAGGCGGUGACGGGGGACGAGACGGAGCCCCCAUCCUCGGGGCCGCCGGGCUCGGAGCCGCCCUCGGUGCCCCACAGACCCCCGGCUCCCCGCGGCCGUGGGGUGAAGCGCAGGAGGAGCUCGCCCAAAAAGCCGCUGUCCAACAAACCUCAGGACUUCCAGAUCCGGGUUCGGGUGAUCGAGGCCCGGCAGCUGCCCGGCGUUAACAUCCGGCCCGUGGUGAAGGUGACGGCGGCGGGGCAGACCAAGCGGACCAGGAUACGCAAAGGCAACAGCCCCCUCUUCGACGAGACCUUCUUCUUCAACGUCUUCGAGUCGCCAGCCGAGCUGUUCGACGUGCCCGUCUUCAUCACGGUCCUGGACUCGCGCUCCUUCCGCAUGGAUGCGGUGAUCGGAGAGUUUCGGAUGGACGUUGAGAGCAUCUAUUCGGAGCCGAAACACGCGAUCCUCAGGCGGUGGCUGCUGCUGUCCGACCCGGAGGACUUCACGGCGGGGGCAAAGGGGUACCUGAAGGUCAGCCUGCUUGUGCUGGGCCCCGGGGACGAAGCUCCUGUGGAGAAGAAGGACGUCUCUGAAGACAAGGAAGACAUUGAGGGGAACCUCCUGCGACCCACGGGGGUCACCUUGCGAGGGGCUCAGUUCUGCCUGAAGAUCUUCAAGGCUGAGGAUUUGCCCCAGAUGGACGACGCCGUCAUGGACAACGUCCGGCAGAUCUUUGGCUUCGAAAGCAACAAGAAGAACCUGGUUGACCCCUUUGUGGAAGUCAGCUUUGCAGGGAAGACGCUCUACUCGAGGAUCCUGGAGAAGAAUGCCAACCCGCAGUGGAAUCAGUGCCUGACGCUGCCGGUGAUGUUCCCUUCCAUGUGCGAGAAGAUGAGGAUCCGGGUGACCGACUGGGACCGUCUCACACACAACGACGUCGUCGGCACCGCCUACCUCUGCAUGUCCAAGAUCUCUGCGCCCGGCGGGGAGCUGGAGGAUGCGUUUCCUGCUCUCACGAAGCCUCUGAAGGCCACAGACCUGGACGACGGGCUGGGCUUCCUGCCGACCUUCGGCCCCUGCUACGUCAACCUGUACGGCAGCCCCCGUGAGUUCACCGGCUUCCCGGAUCCGUACGAGGCGCUCAAUUUAGGAAAGGGCGAGGGCGUCGCGUACCGCGGCCGGGUGCUGCUGGAGCUGGAGACCAAGCUGGCGGAGCACGGGGAGCUGAAGGUGGAGGACAUCUGUGCGGAUGACAUCCUGCGGGUGGAGAAGUACCUGCGGCGGAGGAAGUACUCCCUCUUUGCUGCCUUCUACUCGGCCACCAUGCUGCAGGACGUGGACGAUGCCAUCCAGUUUGAGGUCAGCAUCGGCAACUACGGCAACAAGUUCGACAACACCUGCUUGCCCUUGGCCUCCACCACGCAGUACAGCCGGGCCGUGUUCGAUGGUUGCCAGUAUUACUACCUGCCCUGGGGCAACGUGAAGCCCGUGGUGGUGCUGUCCUCCUAUUGGGAAGAUAUCAGCUACCGAACCGACACUCAGAACCUCCUCCAGCACGCAGCAGACAGGCUGGAAGCCAACCUGGAGCGGGUCCACCUCGCGCUCAAGGCCAACGGCGCGCCGGGCGAGCUGGAGUCCCUGGCUGCCCAGCUGAUGGACGACGUGAUUGCAGACUGCAGUGUUCCGCUGCCCGACGUGCUGGGGAAGGCGGCCAGCACACACCUGGACCAGAACCUGUACCGCUUCCGCAGCACCAACCUGGAGCAGAUGGUGCGGGCGGCCCUGAGGCUGAAGCACGAGGAGCUGAGCCUGCCGGCCGUGCUGGAGCAGGCGGAGGACUGGCUGUGCCGGCUGCGUGCCAUGGCUGAGGAGCCCCAGAACAGCCUCCCAGACGUGGUGAUCUGGAUGCUGCGGGGUGAGAAGCGCGUUGCCUACGCCCGCGUGCCGGCCCGCGAGGUGCUCUACUCCCAAAGUGGCCCCAACUGCUGCGGUAGGAACUGUGGCAAGCUGCAGACCAUCUUCCUGAAGUACCCCCAGGAGGAGGCGAUGGGGCCGCGCAUCCCAGCCCAGAUCCGCGUCCAGCUCUGGUUUGGGCUCUCUGUCAAUGAGAAGGAGUUCAACCAAUACGCUGAGGGGAAGCUCUCCGUCUUUGCUGAAACCUACGAGAACCAGACCAAGCUGGCGCUGGUGGGGAACUGGGGCACCACCGGCCUGACUUACCCCAAAUACUCCGAUGUCACCGGCAAGAUCAAGCUCCCCAAGGACAGCUUCCGGCCCUCCACGGGCUGGACCUGGGCUGGUGAUUGGUUCAUCUGCCCAGAGAAGACGAUGCUGCACGAGGCAGACGCGGGGCACCUGAGCUUCGUGGAGGAGGUGUUUGAGAACCAGGUGCGGCUGCCGGGCGGGCAGUGGAUCCACAUGUCCGAUGCCUACACCGAUGUGAAUGGGGAGAAGGUUCUGCCCAAGGAUGAGAUCGAGUGUCCUCCGGGCUGGAAAUGGGAAGACGUGGAGUGGGACACUGACCUCAACAGAGCCGUGGAUGAGAAAGGCUGGGAGUACGGCAUCACCAUCCCUCCGGACCGCCGGCCCAAGGCCUGGGUGCCAGCUGAGAAGAUGUACCACACCAACCGGCGCCGGCGCUGGGUGCGACUGCGCAGCAGGGACCUGGCCCAGAUGGAGACUGUCAGGAAGCACAAGCAGGACGAGCAGGACGGCGAGGGCUGGGAAUACGCCUCGCUGCUGGGCUGGCGCUUCCACCUGCGGCCGCGUCGCACCGAUGCCUUCCGCCGCCGCCGUUGGAGACGUAGGAUGGAGCCCUUGGAGCGCACCGGGGCUGCUGCUGUGUUCGCCUUGGAGGGGGCCCUGGGAGGAAUGACGGACGACAAAAGCGACGAUGGCAAAUCCGUCUCCACGCUGAGUUUCGGCGUCAACAGACCCACCAUCUCCUGCAUCUUCGACUAUGGGAACCGCUACCACCUGCGCUGCUACAUGUACCAGGCACGGGACCUGGCUGCCAUGGACAAGGACAGCUUCUCGGACCCCUAUGCCAUCGUUUCCUUCCUCCACCAAAGCCAGAAGACGGUGGUGAUCAAGAACACCCUGAACCCCACGUGGGACCAGACGCUCAUCUUCUACGAGAUAGAGAUCUUCGGAGACCCCAAGAACGUGUCUGACUGCCCUCCCAGCAUCGUGGUGGAGAUAUACGACCACGACACCUACGGCGCUGAUGAGUUCAUGGGGCGCUGCGUGUGCCGGCCCAGCCUGCAGCGCGCGCCGCGCCUCUCCUGGCACCCCAUGCUCAAAGGCGGCAGGAACGUCGGCGAGCUGCUGGCUGCCUUCGAGCUCAUCCAGAGGGAGAAGCCGGCUGUCCACCACAUCCCUGGCUUCGAGAAUGAGCUGUCCUCCGCUCUGGAUGAGCUCUGUGCCCCUGCCUUGUUCUACGAGGGGCUCCUCCGAUGGUCUGAGGACUCUGACCUGCCCUACCCACCGCCCCAACGGGAACCCAACAUCUUCAUGGUCCCCCAAGGGAUCAAACCGGUCCUGCAGCGCACGGCCAUCGAGAUCCUGGCCUGGGGGCUGAGGAACCUCAAGAGCUACCAGCUGGCCAGCGUCACCUCACCCAGCCUGCUGGUGGAGUGCGGGGGGCAGCUCGUGCAGUCCUGUGUCAUCAAGAACGUCAAGAAAAACCCCAACUUUGAUGUCUGUGUGCUCUUCAUGGAAGUGCGUCUGCCCAGCGAGAGCCUCUACAGUCCCCCCAUCAUCAUCAAAAUCAUCGACAACCGUCCGUUCGGCCGCAGGCCCGUGGUGGGGCAGUGCACCAUCCGCUCACUGGAGGAAUUCUACUGUGACCCCUAUGGUGAGGAGACGGAUGGUGCCCAGGAGCAGGCAGAUGAUGUGAGCCUCACGCCCAGGGAUGAUGUCCUCAUUGACAUUGAUGACAAAGAGCCUCUCCUUCCCACCCAGCUUGUGGAGGGCGUGACCAGCUCAGCGCUAAUUAACCCGCCAGCUUCUAGGUCCGAGCCUCAAGAGGAAGAAUUCAUUGACUGGUGGAGCAAAUUCUACGCUUCCACAGGAGAGAGGGAGAAGUGUGGCUCCUACUUGGAGAAGGGCUUUGACACCCUGCAGGUCUAUGAGACGGAGCUGGAGCGCGUGGAGGCCUUCGAGCAGCUCUCUGACUUCUGCCACACCUUCAGGCUGUACCGCGGCCGGGCGCAGGAUGCCAACGAUGACCCCUCAGUUGUGGGCGAGUUCAAGGGCUCCUUCAAAAUCUACCCUCUGCCCGAUGACCCACGCGUGCCGCUGCCGCCGCGGCAGUUCCACCAACUGCCAGCCAGGGGUCCCCAGGAGUGUCUCGUCAGGGUCUACAUCAUCCGUGCCUUCGGUCUGCAGCCCAAGGAUGCCAAUGGGAAGUGCGAUCCGUAUGUGAAGAUUUCAGUGGGAAAGAAAUCCAUAAACGACCAAGAAAAUUACCUCCCCUCUACGCUGGAGCCUGUCUUUGGAAAGAUGUUUGAGUUGAGCUGCACUCUGCCCCUGGAGAAGGACCUGAAGGUCACACUCUAUGACUACGACCUCCUGUCCAAGGAUGAGAAGAUCGGGGAGACCGUCAUCGACCUGGAGAAUCGGUUCCUGUCGAAAUAUGGGGCGCGCUGUGGGCUUCCCCAGACCUACUGCAUCUCUGGGCCCAACCAGUGGCGAGACCAGCUCCGUCCCUCCCAACUGCUCCACCUCUUCUCCCUGCAGCACCACUACAAGGCUCCCACCUACACGUCCGACCGGCUCAUCUUCCGGGAGCAGGAGUACAUCCUCUCCGAGCUGGAGGAUGGGAAACCCCCCAACCCUCACCUGGGGCCGGCAGAGGAGCGGCUGGCCCUGCAUGCACUGCGGAAACAAGGGCUGGUGCCGGAGCACGUGGAGACCCGGCCCCUCUACAGCCCCCUGCAGCCAGAGAUCGAGCAGGGAAAGCUACAGAUGUGGGUGGACCUGUUCCCGAAAUCCUUGGGUCAGCCUGGCCCCCCUUUCAACAUCACACCACGCAAAGCCAAGAGGUUCUACUUGCGCUGCAUCAUCUGGAACACCAGGGACGUCAUCCUCGAUGACCUCAGCAUCACUGGGGAGAAGAUGAGUGACAUCUAUGUCAAAGGCUGGCUGGUUGGCCACGAGGAGAACAAGCAGAAGACAGACGUGCACUACAGGUCGAUGGGAGGAGAAGGCAACUUCAACUGGAGGUUCAUCUUCCCCUUCGACUAUCUCCCUGCCGAGCAGAUGUGUUGCAUUGCAAAGAAGGAGCAUUUCUGGAGCUUGGAUAAGACGGAAAACAAGAUUUCACCGCAGCUGAUCUUCCAGAUCUGGGACAAUGACAAGUUCUCCUUCGAUGACUAUUUGGGCUCCAUCCAGAUGGAUCUCAACAGGAUGCCCAAGCCUGCCAAGACUGCUGAGAAGUGCUCCUUAGAGCUCAUAGAUGACAGCUUGUCUGCAAGCCGCUUUGUGUCCCUCUUUGAGCAGAAGACUGUCAAGGGCUGGUGGCCCUGCAUUGCAGAGCAGGAUGAGAAGAAGAUCCUGGCAGGAAAACUGGAAAUGACUUUGGAAAUCGUGGCUGAACACGAGCAUGAAGAGCGGCCAGCUGGCGUGGGUCGGGAUGAGCCAAACAUGAACCCCAAGCUGGAGGACCCCAAGCGCCCAGAGACCUCCUUCCUGUGGUUCACCUCCCCGUACAAGACCCUGAAGUACAUCCUGUGGCGCCGGUACAAGUGGCUGCUCAUCCUGGCCAUCGUGCUCUUUGUUUUGCUGCUCUUCCUUGGGAUCUUCAUCUACGCCUUCCCGAACUACGCUGCUAUGAAGCUGGUGAAACCUUUCAACUGAAUGCCUGGAUUUCAGCAGGACGCUGCAGCCCAGGACACAGCGACGUGCCUUUCCCCAGUGCAGUGUGCCACCUGCAGCCCUCGCCUCAGGAGCAGCACGCAAACCAAACCUCCUCUGCAGCAGUUCUGAUUUGGCUUCUUUGUCCUCCUUCCGAUUGUUUUAAUUUUGAUCAGUGCUCAGGUGCAAAGCUGGGAGAGGGUUGGGGAGAAAAGGACCAUUCUGUGGGCUGUCUAUGGCGGUGCUCAUGGGGGAGCGAUGGCUGCAAGGCAGCCGCAAUCUCUCAGGUCCUGAGCAGGUUUUUCUUGGCACCCUGCAGCAGCCUCCCUUUGCCUCUGCUGUGCAAUGUGCAUUUGUGCCUUCCUGCUUUUGGAGCCUGCUCUCCCCCCUCUGCAGCCCCAUGUGCCCCCAUCACCUUCCCAGCCAACGCUGCAGCAGCAGAGGGCACGGAGCAGCCCAGGAGCAACGCAGUGCAAUGGAAGCUUUGCUUCUCUCCUCCCGCUGUGUGCAACCCCUGCACUGCAGCUCGGUGGCUGAUCGUUUUCCUCCUUUUGCUUAAGCCAAGCAGUGCAACAGCAGAGAACAGUGCAUGCUGCUGCUGUGUGCUAGCGGGGCACGCCUUUGGAAGCACAGCUGUUUGCUUUGUGCAUUGCAAGCAGGGCAUGGUUGGUGCACAUUGUGCAGGUUUUGCACAGCCCAGAAGGUGUGAGUGGUGUUGCUGGGGCAUUGCUGCUUUCUGCUCCUCCUGUCCGCGCCGCGGUCACUGAUAUGCACUGAGAGGGGGUUCUGCUGCUGCUCAGUGUGACAUGUGGGAGGAAACAGCAGAGCAAGGUGAUCCCGAGGGAUCUGUUUCUCAGGACAAACAGUGCUGGCGUCAGCUCCAGCAAGGCACUUAAGCCUGUUCUUAGCAGCAGAUGGGGGGAAAAGCACGCGGCUAAUUGCUUUGCUGGCGGGGAUGUUGUGUCAAUCCCGUGCUGCUCAGUGCUGUGACAGCGCCCGGAUCGCACAGGGCAGCUCUGCCACGCAUGAGGACAGCACUCUGAACGUGAAGAAUGUGCCCCAGAGCAGCUGCUGCUCAGGUGGGGAGCUUCCCCACCCCGGGAACCAUUUGGCCAGCAAAACGCUUUGCGUUUGCCCAUGUUCUCGUUUCCCCUCGUGCCCCUGUCCAUUAUCUAAUGCUGACCUACCGACAGUUGGCCCGAGAUCUGGGGAUGCUGUUUCCCCUGAGGAACUGAAGGGGAAUGUUGGCUUUGCACUUUCCUGGGUGAGUUACAGCAUGGCCGAGCGGUGCUGAUAUGGUUGGUCCUCUUCCACUGCAACCCGGCGUGCCUCGCUGCCUUCCCGCAUGCCUUGCAGUGCUGUGGGAAGCCAGGCCCCUUCCUUCACUUCUUGCCCCAGUUUGAAGAUGAGGGGAAGUUUCCCAUCUUGGUGACCCCCAGCCUGUGUCAGAAAUGCGAUCUCAGUGCUGAGAGCCCCAAAGCAGUGCUCCCAUCCAACCAUGGGUGGUUCUCAUCCAUCCUGUUGCUCCGACCAGAGAUGAGCAACCCUACCAAAAUACGCCCACCUGUCACUUCUCCAGAGCCUCCUCCAUCACAAAACCCUAUUUUAUUCCCUAAUGCUUUCCUGCAGCUCUUUCCUUGCAAACCAGAGUGGGUUGACAGUGAUGGAAAGGGAAAGGUCAGCGUCCCUACAUCCAAUCCUCUUCUUCCCAAUCCGGGCUGCAGAGCUGUGUUUCAUUUGGGGGCUGUGGUGGGCAAAGGCGGUUCUGAGCACCUGCAAACAUCAGCCUGGUCAUGUUAUCUCUCCACCAAAGCCAGCCAAGAGGCCGGACCUGUGUAAAGCCUUCUGCUCUCUAUGCCUUACAUAUAUAUAUAUCACUGUGAUUUACAAAUGAAAUGGCUCUGAAACCUUC